AAAAGAGCCGUCAUCUGGGACCGAUAGCUAAGCUAGAUGGCGAGAGGAGUACCAGAGGAUAUCGAACUGCCACUGUCGUGGGCGGCUAGUGGACAGUCGACCCUCAAACUGAACAUCCGCCAUCUGUGGUUAUGUGGAGUGUGGCCACUACCUGGUUCCUGGAUGUUUGAAGUGUACGGCUUAAUAGGGCUAGUGUUAGGGGUCUGGAAUGCAGUGGAGAGUUCGCUGGCGCUUUACUACUGCUGGGGAGACAUGGAGGAGACGACGCUGGUUCUUACCAGUACCUUCACAAUCGGCUGCGGCACCGUCAAGAUGGCCUUCUUUAUGCACAACCAGAGGCACUAUUACGCGCUGGCUCGACGCGUGGACGUGCUGAUGUCUCUGCAGAGGGAAGCCUGCUCUGCGGACCCUGGUUUGGCCGACAUCCACCACUGCUCCCAGAGGCGUGCGUUCCGUCUCACCAUGGGCAUGCUGCUCUUCAUGUUCUCGCAGUGCUUCGUGUGGUUCCCCAUGCCGAUCGUGGCUCGCCGGGACGAGCGCCGCCUCCCGUUCGCUCAGCACGCCUGGGACAACAACACCCACUACUACGCGCUGUCGUACGCCGUGCAGUGCGUGAUAGGGGCGUGGACGAGUCAGCUGAGUUUCGGCGUCGACCUGCUCUUCGUCGCCGUCAUGAUUCUCGUGGCUGCGCAGCUGCAGAUACUUACAUUGCGCAUUGUCAAUCUGAAGGCGGAGAACUACAAUGUGAAGGGGGAAGAUGAGGCUAGAUCUGUGAACGGCAUGAGGGCAAACAUUUCCGAUAAAAUGUACAAAAAUUUGUGUCUUUGUAUCGAAAGCCACCAGACAAUUCUCAGAUUCGUCAAGGACUUGGAGAGUACUAUGAGUUCCGUUGUAAUGACGCAGUUCUGCUUUAGUGUCCUCGUCGCGUGUGUAGCAUUAUUUCAAGCGACAUACAGCACAGACUUCACUGCAGUGCUCAAAUGCGCGUCUUUUCUACCAGUGCCAGGUGGACAGGUGUUCCUGUAUUGCUGGGCCGCACACAACGUAACCGAGCAGGCGGAGGCGGUGGUGCUGUCAGCAUACAGCUGUUGCUGGGUGGAAGCGAGUGGACGUUUCAAACACACCCUGAGAAUCCUGAUCAGCCGGGCCCAGAAGCCUCUGGUUCUCACUGCUGGACGCCUCUACCCAAUCAACAGGGAAGCCUUCGUCUCGCUGGUGAAUGCAUCCUAUUCAUACUACGCACUGUUGGGUCAAAUGAAUAGACGUUAGGCUCAUAUUCUUUGGAGCUGAACUGUGGAAGAAUACUAAUUUGCACAUCUUUAAUAAAGACACACUGGUAUUCCUACAGCUUAUAAAAAAAUGAUGAUUCUUGAUUAAAUUAUCUGAUCUAAUGGAGAGAAUAAAAUGUCUGAACUGUUAAUGAAAUAUCAGUUAAACAGAUGUUAAUUGAUUGAAAAAGACACUACUGAUAUUCUUGAAUAAUAUGCAUAAGCUACCGAGUGCAACGGAGUAGUUUGUAAGAAAGGUGACAAAAUUAAUGGAUUUAUUCUACUUCCAAUAAAGAUAUAAAAAAACAGUAAUUAUUUACUUAGAAAAUAAACUAACCAAGUCUUUCUAUUUAUAGCUUUUUCAAUUAACAAAUGUUGCCAUGCUAAAUUUAGAUUUUUUCCUCUAUAAAGGUUUAUUAUUUUGGCAACCUAGAAGAAUUUAUUGCGAUUGUAUACACAUAAAAACAGUCAUACUGAACAUCUUUCUGAAAUAUGAAGAAAGCCUUGUCACCAGAUAAGUAAUGCUGUAAAGUAACAUACUCUGAUAAUCUCUCAUCAGGGAUUUCGUCACUUUACUUCCAUUUAUAAAUAAAUGUUUAUUGUAUUUGGAGAAAUGUGGACUGUACCCUAAACGAUAACAUAUUACAGUAUAGAAAUUACUAAUUCUGUAGGUUUGCUUCAAGCAUUGUAUAUAGUCUGAAGAAUUGUAGAUUUUAAGCUGAUUAGUUUGUUGUAAUAGUUUGGUUUUUGUUACUGGAUAUGAAUUGCUACUUUAAUGACAGUUGUAAAGACAUUUUUUGUACAUAUUUGAAGACUAUAAUAAAUUUAGAUCUUUAUCA